AUGCGCGCUGAACCGGAGUCGAGAGAACUUUUAUCAAUAUGUUUGAAGAAGAUGAAACCUCAGCUCCUGAAGGUGCGUUUAACCGACGCAUGCUUUGUUUGGACGGAGGCACACUCGAAAAGAAUUAAAGUGAAGUUAACGAUCCAGAAGGAAGUCUUCAACAAUACGAUACUACAGCAGACCUUUGUCGUUGAAUUCACCAUCCAUAAUCAGGUAAUUAUCUUCAACAGUCUUUAGCA